GCCAACUUGGAUUUGGGCCUUGGGGUGCUGAGCCUUGCUCCUCUUCAGCCCCUCAUUGAACCCCUCAAUUUUUCAGCCCCUCAUUGAACCCCUCAAUUUUUCAGCCCCUUAUUGAACCCCUCAAUUUUUCAGCCCCUCAUUGAACCCCUCAAUUUUUCAGCCCCUCAUUGAACCCCUCAGUUUUUAGCCCCUCAUUGAACCCCUCAAUUUUUCAGCCCCUCAUUGAACCCCUCAAUUUUUCAGCCCCUCUUUGAACCCCUCAGUUUUUCAGCCCCCAUUGAACCCCUCAGUUUUUCAGCCCCCCAUUGAACCCCUCAGUUUUUCAGCCCCUCAUUGAACCCCUCAGUUUUUCAGCCCCUCAUUGAACCCCUCAAUUUUUCAGCCCCUCAUUGAACCCCUCAAUUUUUCAGCCCCUCAUUGAACCCCUCAAUUUUUCGGCCCCUCCUUGAACCCCUCAGUUUUUCAGCAGAUCGGGCGGCCAGGCGGGAUGUGGCCGGACACCAACCGAGCGGCCUCGGGGCUGUACCAUCGCCUGUUGCGGGCAUUUGAAGAUGGAAAGAAAGACAUUUUGAAAGAUCCAUUUCCCUACGAGACGGAUGUCCAAGUGCGGUUGGUCAAUGCACAUCAGCAAAGUCCUUUAGAAAGUUUCUGGAGUGGAAAUGAUAUGGUGUUUAUUGUGGAGAAAGCGCCAAUAAAGGAGGAAGAAGCAAACCACAUGGAAGAUGUACAACCUGAGGAAACAGUUAUUUCGGAUCUUUCUGAAGGGGAGAAUGUGGGGCCACUUGCUUUAACUGUUGGGAGAGCCAGGCAAUUAAUGGCACUUUACACCAUGGCCCAAAAUCCCAAUAUGACCCAUCUGGAGAUUAGCAGGCCAGUUUCUGUUCUUCCGCCACUGUGGGUAAGAUGUGACGGGACCGAUCCGGAAGGCACCUGUUGGCUCGGAGCCGAGCCUCUCAAAACAAAAACCGGCAUCGCGGGAAUCAUGUUCCACAUAGUCACCAGUACAGGGCCUGUGGCUGAUAAAAGUUGCUCUGUAAAACUUGAAGACCUGAAAAAGAGACACAAGAAAAGGCAUCAUUCAUCUGCUGUGGCGACCAGGGGCUUUGCCCGGUACGAGCUGUUCAGAUCCACAGCCCUGGAUGAUACAAUCAGUGCAUCAGAGAGUUCUAUAAUGUUAGAUAUGUCCUGGAGCCCCGUAGACGAGAUUCUUCAAAUCCCUCUGCUCACUUCGGCCGCCACCCUGAACAUUAAAGUGGAAUCUGGGGAUCCUAGAAGCCUUUUGUAUCAUCUACAUAGAGAACUCAAGUUUCUCCUGGUCUUGGCUGGUGGUUUGAAGACCGGCAUCACAGAGUGGCCAGAACCUUUGGAAGCGAAGCCAGCUAUUGAACUUGUUCAGGACCUUCUAACUGAUUUAAAGAAUAAGCUGGAUGGAUUUGUUACUUCGGGGAAAAAGGAAGCAGAGGAGGUGAAGUGCGACACGGCUGCCGUGGACGAGUCCAUUAAGUGGCUCUUCAUGGAGCGGGGGGACCUGGAUUUUGCAGAGCAGCUGUGGUGCAAGAUGAGGAAAAGUAUCGCCUCGUAUCAAGAUUUGGUGAAGUGCUUCACCCUGGUUAUCCAGGCUCUAAAAUGUGGGGAAAUCCAGCCAUGGCUCCACAGUGGGAGCAGCAGUUUACUGGGCAAGCUGAUUCAGCAGUCUUACCACGGAGCCAUGGAUGUGGUUUCCCUCAGCGGCUCCACCCCAAUCCAAAUGCUUUUGGAGAUCGGCUUGGACAAAAUAAAGAAGGACUACAUCAACUGUUUCAUAGGCCAGGAACUGGCAUCAUUAAAUCACUUGGAAUACUUCAUUACCUCAGCGGUAGACAUUCAGGAACAAGUCCAUCGGGUUCAAAAACUCCACCACAUGCUAGAAGUAGUCAUCAGCUGCACCGUUUUACUUAAACUGAAACAUGAAAUCCUGUUUCCUCUGACACAGUCCUGUUUAAAAUAUUACCAACAAAAUCCUCUGAACGAGCAACACCUCUUUCAGCUGCCCAUCAGACCCACUGCUGUCAAAAAGUUUUACCAAAGCGAGAGCCCUCAAACAUGGAGGGUGGAAGUUAGUAGUGGACCCGGACAAGAGGUUAAAACCAUCUGGCAGCUGAGCGAUAACCCCCCAGUGGAGCAUCUCAAUUUUAGUAAGCAAGAUCUUUCUGAAUCAACAUUUAACAGUAACAUUGAGGAAAGAAUGUAUUUUACUACAACGGCAAACUGCAGUCAGGUGUAUUUUACAUGAUAGCACAGCUACGAUCUCCGAAAAGGCAGCCACGGGGAGCAACUGGCCAGAGCCCACCUACUGAAAAAACCCUGCUUGCUCUUGAAGAUCAGAGGUCACCUCAUAGCUCUCGGAUCCAGGCCAAACUCUCUUCACCCAGUCCUUAAACCUCUGCUCCCCUUUUAAUCUUGUUUGUUGUUCGGUCGUAGGCUCUUCCCAAUGUCUCCCCUCCGUUAUAAAAUUAGUUAUGCAGAAGGAAUCCACAGGGCUCGCAAGCUAGCUCCCUGUUAAUACAGCCUCUUAACGUGGUUGGCCUUUGGUCACAUCUGGCAAAGAGAUGGUCUUUCCCUAUCAUUGCAGUGACAGAGGGAAAAGGAAUCCGCAAAACCUUUGAAUCGGCCCCGAGGGUGAAGGCACCAUAUUAUCCCUUUCACCGGUUGCCGAAUGAUGCCACCUUUCACGUUGGCUCUAGCCCGCUCGGUCUCCGGAGGAGGACGGAGAGGAAGAUGGCGCUGAUCAGGAUGCACAACGUGCAGACCGUGGGCACCACGACCUCCGUCAUCAUCCGCACGGGGCUUACCGAGGGAUCUGAAAGAUGAAGGGAGGGAUGGGGGCAAGUCCAAACUUCGACCAUUCCACCUUUAUCCUGACGGGGCUAACAGCUUUAGCAAUGCCCCCCAGCCUUUCCAAUAAAAUUGAUUUUUUUGUCAUCGGAAACCCCAAUAACAAAGUAUUCUCCUCUUGGUUAUUGUCCUAUGUUUUGCCCCUCCUUCCGUGCCUGACGUCUGAAAACA